CCCCUUAGAAGACAUUGAAGGUUUAGAUAUGAUCAAGAGUUUUCCAGUUGCUGAUCGAUUGCAUCUUCUUGAUUUGGGUGGUAGUCGUAAAUUUCUGCAGGGAUUUAUGAAUAAUAAAAUGGUUAGCUUUGAUCGGUGGACAAGUGAUCAAAAAAAAAAUAUUUCUCACUUUUUGGUUAAAACCAAGCUUCCUUCCGAAGUACACCGACCAUUUCGAUCGCUGGAAACAAUUCAGUAUUGGAAAGGAACCGAGUUUAGAUCUUUUCUGCACUACGUUAGCCCUGUAAUAUAUAAAGAUUUCAUGCAUGAGGUAGGCUAUAAUCAUUAUCUACUCUACUUUUGUAGUAUUACAAUUUAUUCUUCGUCAACCCAUGCGCACUUACAUUCUCUUGCACGUAGAAUGCUUCUUAAAUUUGUUUUAGAUUUCCCAAUUCAUUAUGGUCGCACCCAUAUGAGCAGCAACAUACACAAUCUUCUGCACGUUCAUGAAGACGUUGAAGUGCAUGGUGAAUUGGACAACUUCUCGGCAUAUCCUUUCGAGAACUUUUUACAGUUUCUUAAAAGGUGUGUGAGGAAAGGUUCUAAAUGCUUAGAACAAGUAGCUGGUAGAUCCAAACUGUUUGCCUCGAUGAAUGUAAUCUCUAGUUCAAACAAAAACGUGUAUCCAUGUGUAACUUCGGAUGGCUGUGGGUUGCAUAUUACUGCCAGUUUUGUUUUAAAACCUGUGUUUAAAGAUCAGUGGUUAUUAACAACAUCUAACUCAAUAGUUAAAUUUGUAAGGGUGGAAAUCUCCUCCCAAAAUAUUUUUAUUAUACAUGGCAUUCAAUACGAAAAUAACGUAGAUUAUUUUCACGUUAAUAUUGAAGACGAUGUUUCGCGUAUUGAAUUAAAAUCUAGUGAAAUUGGUAUUUACAAACUAAAUUCUUUUCUUCCAUCAUUACCAGUCACCUUGACCAUUGAAUCUAUAAAAUGUAAAUUAGUAGCCGUUAAUUUGCCUCCUCGUCCUCUAGUUUAUUUCAAUGUAGAUGAAUUUGUAGACGAUACACCCCCACUUAUAUUAUUUAUUCCUUUGUUACACAGUUUUAAUAAUAAUUGAUAACAUAUUAAUGGUGGUGGCGAAUUGGUGGCAGUAAAAUUAUUAUAGUCAUUAAAACCUAGUACACAGUUGGAAGACAGUUGAGAUGCAUGAGGAUCAACAAUCCAACUAAGUUGAAAUGAGCACCAUUUUUCAAUUAGCAACAGACGUUGACGACAUGGAAUAAUGCCCUUACGAAUCGCCAGGGAACACAUCCUUUUCAGAAAGGAAAAAAAGUAAAAAAUGAGUGCAAUCCAGGAAUACGUUUUCACCCAGUCUGCUUUACACAUUGCUCAUCGUUUUCCUACUGCUAGGAGGAGAUGUGUAUCGAACACCGGCAGACGGAAAAUUGUUUGUGUCUCACUCAACAUCGGACAUCGGAUCGGCAAGUCGAGGGAAUCAGUUUCAUCAUAAUGUUUUAAUAAAUACAAAUUUAACAGCACAGGUAACUUAAAAGCAAAACUCAUAAAUCGAACUGCUUCCACAAUUUUAGUUUCAUUUUUUUUUCUUUCUCCCUGUAUGAUGGAUCGCGACAACCAUAACCUUUUUUUCCGGGGGCCCACACCGGAAAAUGGGGGAACUGGGACGAAAUUUGUUUAAGUUAUUUUACCGAUGUCGAACAAAAGGGACGCUUUUCUAUCACGGAAAAAGUUUCUUGCGUUUGGAGCACAUGUGGACACAAACCAUCACAAGCGGCAAACAAAGGUAUACCCAAAAAUCCUACCAACUAUAACUACCAUCUCAAACCCCACUACAUACUUUCUUUUUCCUUUUUUUCUUCUUUUUUUUACAUUAAAUGCACUCAACUAUCAUUUCUUGGGCUCACUGCGAUGGCAAUGCGUGCUGGCAAGCCUGGAUUAAGUCAACUCGAGGAGGGGUUUACUGGGCAAGACAUCGAUUGUAACUCUUGUAUCGAUUGAUUGUGAUCGAUGAAUCCCACAUUUCUCGUGGAUGGUUGGUUGAUCCAGGUUGUAUUAUGAAGAUAUCCCUCCUAGAGCAGUGCUGUGAAACUUUGAGAACGAAUGCGCCUAACACAUCGCUCGUUUUUAUGGACACUCGAAUAAUCUUUCAGGAGAAUAUACAUUUGAGUUAUCAUCAACAAAAAUACGGAAUGGACGGGAUGGACGCUUAAGGCAACCAGAAUUAUUUGCAUGUUUAAGCAAAUGGAUGGAUUUGUAACUUAGAACUUAGCUUCCAGGAAAAGAAGAUCUUCUACACUAUCCACAGAGCGGAAUCGUCCCGGUUUGUUAGGCUGGCUAGUGUUAGCUAGUGGUUGCUUCUUGCCCAUAAAUUCUUCCACCAAUCCGGCUAUAUAUUCUACUCUGCCACUGAGCUGCCGAAUCUCCUGUGUAAUUAUGUCCUGCCGGACCUGGACGUUCGCUAGCAUUCGGCGCAUGGAUUGAAAUUCCUGCGCCGAACCCGUCGCGGAUGAUGAUACCGGCACAUUGUUGUUGCAGUCGGAAUUUUGCUUGGAAUCCAUCUAAAAUUGAAGAGAGCGUAGUUAGGGACAUUUUAACUUUCCACUGUGUUAUUUAAAACAGUUUUUUCUUGCCUUUUUGCGAAAAUUAUCGGAACACUCGUCACAAGACUAUCCUGAACCAGAACUAAAGCAAAAUAAAAUGUUCACCAUUCUUCGAAUUUGAA